UGUGUUUACCAGACUGACAGCCGCAGGAAGCUGCUGCAUUUAUUCACCUAUGGGCCUUUUUCUCUGAAGAGUGAGCGAAGAAGCGGUGUUUGGAAGUGUUGUGUUAUCAAGCAGUGGAAUGACGGAAGUUUCCAUUCUGUCUGUUUGUCGUAGUGAACUGAACUUUGCUCAUCUUCAUUCACUGUUGGCCGACUAGCCUGCUAGCUGGCCGAGCUAGGCUAGCAUUAGCUACAGCAGGACUCCGUCUUUGAAACAGCAGCCACACACAGGAAAGCAGCAUGAUGGACAAGAAUAUCUACAUUGUCCAGGGAGAAAUUGGCACUGUUGUUGGAGCUAUCAAGAGGAACUCCAGAUGGAAUACUCAUACUCCCCUGGAUGAAGAACAGGACCCGUUACUCAACAGCUUUGGACACCUCAAAGAAAUCCUCAACAGCAUUACAGAGCUGUCAGAUAUUGAACCCAACAUUUUCCUGAGGCCUUUCCUGGAAGUGAUCCGCUCUGAGGACACCACUGGACCAAUCACAGGACUUGCCCUUACCUCUGUCAACAAGUUCCUUUCCUACGGCCUCAUCGAUGCAAACCAUGAAGCGGCAGCAGAGGCCAUUGAGAACAUGGCAGAUGCCGUCACACAUGCUAGAUUUGUGGGAACGGACCCUGCCAGCGAUGAAGUCGUCCUCAUGAAAAUUCUACAGGUCCUGAGGACUCUGCUGCUGACGCCAGUCGGGGCCCAUCUGACCAACGAGUCGGUUUGUGAGAUCAUGCAGUCGUGCUUCAGGAUUUGCUUUGAAAUGCGCCUUAGUGACCUUCUCAGGAAAUCAGCUGAACAUACACUGGUUGACAUGGUGCAGCUGCUUUACUCCAGACUCCCACAGUUCAAAGAAGAGGCCAAGAGUUACGUUGGUGCCAACAUGAAAAAGUUGAAGAUGCGUGCGGGUGGAAUGAGUGAGUCGUCCAAAUGGAAGAAGCAGAAGCGCUCGCCGAAGCAGCCUCGACACAUGGUCCGAAGUCCCUCGGGUCAGAUGGACCCAGCCCAGUCCAGCACCCUCAGCAACAACAACCUUUCAGGUGGGGUUCCCUUCAUUGAGCAGGGCCUGUCUAGCUUACCAGCCUCCGACAGUGCUGGCUCAUCCAUUUCCAGCCCUACAACCACAGACAGUGGCCUGGACACCUGCUCCAAAGCCACCUCCAGAGAGGACCUGUCUGACCUGGAACAGUGCAGCUUGUCUGCAAACAACCUGGGCCCUGAGCCCAGCUCUCCAGAUGCUCACUCGGAGGGCAGUCGAGUUGAACGAUCCCAGUCGGCCUCAGUGGAGUCUAUCCCUGAGGUUCUGCAGGACAAAGACUCCAUUACAGAGCAGUCAGACAGUACCUCUGUCCAUGAUAUGGACUAUGUCAACCCCCGAGGAGUCCGUUUCACACAGUCCACACAAAGAGAUGGAGCAUCCCUCAUCCCUUAUGGCCUCCCAUGUCUUAGGGAGCUUUUUCGCUUCCUGAUCUCACUGACAAACCCCCAUGACCGCCACAACACUGACGCAAUGAUGCACAUGGGCCUGCAGCUGCUGACUGUUGCACUUGAGUCAGGACACAUGGCUAACUACCAGUCGUUACUAGGACUAGUCAAAGAUGAGCUCUGCAGACAUCUCUUCCAGUUGCUGGGUGUUGACCGUAUGAACCUGUACGCUUCUUCCAUACGAGUUUGCUUCUUGCUUUUCGAAAGCAUGAGAUUACAUCUCAAGUUUCAGCUCGAGAUGUAUCUAAAGAAAAUGAUGGACAUCAUCACAUCAGAGAACGUUAAGAUGCCAUAUGAGAUGAAGGAGAUGGCUCUGGAGGCUCUGGUGCAGCUGUGGAGGAUCCCCAGCUUUGUCACCGAGCUGUACAUUAACUAUGACUGUGACUUUUACUGCUCCAAUCUGUUUGAAGACCUCACUAAACUGCUGUCCAAGAAUGCGUUCCCAGUGUCAGGGCAGCUUUACACAACGCACCUCCUGUCGCUGGAGGCUCUCCUCACUGUGAUUGACAGCACUGAGGCUAACUGUCAGGCCAAAGUGCUCAACAACACUGCUCAACAAGAGCAGUCAGAAACACUGCUGGCAGAGGGAGAAAGUUCAGGCCUUAGUGGACCAGACAGUACAACUGAUCUUAACAGACUUGGCAAUACCAAUGGUUUGAGUCUUCCACAAGCUCCAAGUGCACCAGUAUGUCCACCAACCAGCGGUCAUCUGAUGGCAGAGACGAUGCAACUGGGCCGACAGGACCAAGGAGACAAUGAUGCUGCAGCUGAGAAGAGAGCACCGAAGAAGCCUCAGCGUUUCUCAUCAUUUUUACCCGAUUCCCAAGAGUUGAUGGAAAUUAGAAGAAAGAAAAAGCUGCUGAUCACAGGCUCAGAGCAGUUUAACCAGAAGCCCAAGAAGGGAAUCACGUUCCUGCAGGAGCAAGGCCUCCUCCCCAUGGACAACAACCAGGUGGCGCAGUGGCUCAGAGAAAACCCCCGACUGGACAAAAAGAUGAUUGGAGAGUACAUCAGUGACCGCAAGAACAUGGACCUCCUGGACAGCUUUGUGAACACGUUCACCUUCCAGGGACUUCGUAUUGAUGAGGCCCUGCGUCUCUACCUGGAGGCCUUUAGAUUACCUGGAGAGGCUCCAGUCAUCCAUAGACUCAUGGAAACCUUCACAGACAACUGGCAUAAAGUGAACGGCUCCCCAUUCUUGACCAACGAUGCAGGCUUUGCCUUGGCCUAUGCCGUCAUAAUGUUGAACACUGACCAGCAUAAUAACAAUGUCCGCAAGCAGAACAUCCCCAUGACUGUAGAGCAAUUCAAGAAAAAUCUUAAGGGAGUCAAUGGAGACAAAGACUUUGACCAGGACAUGUUGGAGGACAUCUACAACGCUAUCAAGAAUGAAGAGAUUGUGAUGCCCGAUGAGCAGGCAGGUUUAGUGAAGGAGAACUACGUGUGGAGCGUGUUGCUACACCGCGGUGCCACACCUGAGGGUUUCUUCCUCCACUUGCCACCUGGCAGCUACGACCAUGACUUGUUCACCAUGACCUGGGGUCCCACCAUUGCUGCCCUCUCCUACGUCUUUGACAAGAGCUUGGACGACAGCAUCAUCCAGAAGGCCAUCACUGGCUUCAGGAAAUGUGCAAUGAUCGCUGCUCACUAUGGCUUCAGUGAUGUUUUUGACAAUUUGAUCAUCUCCCUCUGCAAGUUCACCACUCUGACCAAUGAGUCUGUGGAAAACCUCCCGACAGUGUUUGGCAGCAACAGUAAGGCGCAGACAGCAGCCAAGACCGUGUUUGACCUCGCCCAUCGGCACGGCAACAUCCUGAGGGAGGGUUGGAAGAACAUCAUGGACUCCAUGCUGCAGCUGUUCAGAGCCGAGCUGCUGCCCAAAGCCAUGGUCGAGGUGGAGGAUUUCCUGGAGCCAAACGGGAAAAUUCCACUUCAGAGAGUGGAAACGCCAUCAAAUCGUGGUGAGUCUGCAGUGUUGAGCUUUGUGAACUGGCUGACUCUGAGUGGAGCCGAGCAGUCAGGCCUUCGAGGCCCUUCCACAGAAAACCAGGAAGCUAAGCAGGCCGCCAUCCUCUGCAUAAAGCAAUGUGACCCAGAAAAGCUGAUCACAGAGAGUAAAUUCCUACAGUUGGAGUCACUACAGGAGCUUAUGAAGGCUCUGAUAUCAGUCACCCCAGAUGAAGAGACCUAUGAUGAAGAGGAUGCUGCCUUCUGCCUGGAGAUGUUGCUGCGUAUUGUUUUGGAGAAUCGGGACCGGGUGUCCUGUGUGUGGCAGACAGUGCGUGACCACCUCUGCCACCUCUGCGUCCACGCCAACGAGAGCUGCUUCCUAGUGGAGAGGGCCGUGGUGGGACUCCUGCGACUAGCGAUCCGCCUGCUCCGACGAGAAGACAUUAGCUCUCAGGUUCUCCACUCCCUGCGUCUACUGCUCAUGAUGAAACCUCAUGUGUUGUCCCGGGUCAGCAGGGAGGUGGCCUACGGCCUUCAUGAGCUACUGAAGACCAACGCAGCCAACAUCCACUGUACAGACGACUGGUACACGCUCUUCUCCCUGCUGGAGUGCAUCGGAGCUGGAGUGAAACCUCCGGCUUCCUUCCAGCUCUCCUCCACCACUACUGACAACGACACAGGUGCUCUGUCAGAUAGCGAACUGACCUCUCAUCAUCCCAGUGAAGUGAGUUUGGACCGGGGCUACACGUCUGACUCUGAGGUUUAUACUGAGCACAGCAAGACCAGGAUGUCUCGCUCCACCACUGAUGUGGAUGUAGCCAGCAGCGGAUGGCUUGUGGUUGGGAAAGAUGACCUGGACUUAAGUAAGACCCCUCCUUUGAGCAGCAAAGCCCAGCUAAAUCACCCACUGGUCAACCAGUACAGCCUGACGCUGGGUCAGGACCUGGGCCAGCACGACACCAAGUCUCUCAUCAAAUGUGUGGAAACGCUGUCCUUCAUCGUGCGAGAUGCUGCCCACGUCACCCCGGAUAACUUUGAGCUGUGUGUCAGAGCUAUACGAGUGUUUGUGGAGGCCAGCCUCAAUGGAGGUUACCGCAAUCACGACAAAAAGAAGAGUCACAAGUACGGCCCCAAGUCCCGGCUGAUGAAGAAGGCCGGCGGGAGGGAAAAGGAGGGAGCAGGAGGCGCCAGGCGCGGUGGCAGCCGGGCGUCCAGCCAGCGUCCGUCCCGUUCCCAUAGCGAUGAGGAGGAGGACGAGGGAGUCCCAGCCAGUUACCACACGGUGUCAUUACAGGUUAGUCAGGACCUUUUAGACCUGAUGCACACGCUGCACACCCGGGCUGCCAGCAUCUACAGCUCUUGGGCCGAGGAACAGCGCCACCUGCAGGCCGCGGGCAGGAAGAUCGAGGCUGACUCCCAGACUCUGUGGACCAGCUGCUGGUGUCCGCUGCUGCAAGGUAUCGCUUGGCUGUGCUGCGAUGCCAGGCGACAGGUCCGUAUGCAGGCCCUCACCUACCUCCAGAGGGCGCUGCUGGUUCACGAUCUUCAGACACUCGAUGCCACUGAGUGGGAGUCCGGCUUCAAUAAGGUGCUAUUCCCCUUGUUGACUAAGCUGCUUGACAACAUAAGCCCAGCAGAUGUGGGUGGUAUGGAGGAGACCAGAAUGAGAGGCUGCACUCUCCUGUCAAAGGUUUUCCUCCAGCACCUGUCUCCUCUGCUGUCCCUGCCGACCUUCGCUGCCCUGUGGCUCACCAUCCUGGACUUCAUGGACAGGUACAUGCACGCAGGCUCCAGUGACUUACUGCUGGAGGCCAUUCCUGAGUCUCUGAAGAACAUGCUGCUGGUGAUGGACACUGCAGGAAUCUUUCACAGUGCUGACUCCAGGACAGGAUACUCCGACCUGUGGGAAAUCACCUGGGAACGCAUCAUCUGCUUCCUGCCCAACCUGAGGGAGGAGCUCUUUAAACAGACGGUCAUACCAGAACCAGUACCCAGUCCGCCUUCAUCUCCAGCAGCUCGGCCUCCAUCCCCUCAGGCGUCUCCACCACCUGCCCAGCCCCCCUCCCCAGUCCCAGUGUCUCCUGCAGAGACUCAGACACCCAGCAGGCCAGCAUCACCCCAGGAGCCUCAGUCAACCAGUGCCACCGCAGCGGACCGAUCAUCAGCAGUCCCACCCUCCAACCCCCCCAUGCCAGUGCCGUUAACCACGUCCCCAAGCCACACCCACUCGCCCUCGAGCCAGUCACCGCUCAUCCUGCAGCCCCUUGCCUCCGCCCUGCAGGUGGGAGUCCCGCCCAUGUCCCUGCCAAUCAUCCUGAACCCCGCCCUCAUCGAGGCCAGCUCUCCGGUCCCGCUGCUCACCUCGCCACGACCCAUGACCCCUGCUGACCAGGUCAAGUAAGACAGAGAGCUCCCCCCCCCACCCCCCUCACUGAACAACUGGACCCAACAGGCUUCAACUCCAACUUCAGGAUCUGCUCGCCAGCAGCUUUUUUUUGACAUGAUGAAAUAUAAAGUGUGAGAGGACAGAUGACAUGUGACACCUCAGUCUUAUGACGUGUGAUUGGAAGCGUUGGUUGCGUUGGCUGCAGGGUCCGAGCUACACACACACACACACACACACACACACACACCUGACCCUGCUGCUGCACCACACCUUCUUUGUGCCAUUUUUCUGUUUGCUACUUUUUUUAAAUUCCUGUGGAUAAAUGACUUAACGUAGAAAGAGUGACUUCAUACUCAGACAUUUUGGAUCAGAAAAUUCAUUCAAGGAAAAUAGUUCUAAUAAAAAUCAUUGUGGUAAAAUUGCAGUUCACUAAAAGUGUGAAGAAGAAGCAGCUGAGAACCCUGAGGUCCUGUGGGAGAACGGGGCUGUUUGGCAACAAGCGGAGAGUUCUCAUUGUUGAGCACAUGGUGAGAAUUUGACUGGUUGAUGCAAGUACUCAACUCACUGCAUUAUAUAUCUACAAUAACACAAAGGUAGAAAGAAAUGAUCACAACAUCCCACCACAGCUUGAUUCUGGUGAGAAGAAGAAGUCUUUAAAAGAAUUGUGUUCAUCUGGAGUCUUAAGUAAUUGAGAGAGUGUUUGUGUGUGUGUGCGCGGGUUGCGUGCAUGUUUGUGCAAAACAGUGACUCACUGAUGUGUUUUUAAUAGUUUUGGAUCAAGAAUGGAGCUCAGUGGCAGAGGAAUCAGAUGUAUCAGGCCCUUCACACACACACACACACACACACACACACAGAGUUGGUAGCAGACACUGACUGUUGCUUUGACUCUGUAAUGAGAUGUGUUGGCAGGAAGGUACCUUCUCCUGAACUUGACUCCUGACUGAACCUGAUAAGACAGAGACGACCUUGUGGUUUUCCUCGGGAGCCUGAGCUCCACCUCCAUGUAUCGGUUUCACACAGAGACAUGAGCUAUGUGCUGCACUUGAUGGAGGAGGAUUGGAUUAUCCAGAGCUUUGACUUCAGUUGUAACAGAACCAAUAUUUCUCCCACUGUCGUCUCACCACUGUGUUGAGCAUCAGUUUGAAAUCUGUACAGAGACAAAACAAAGUUAUUUAUUUAUCAGUCACUUUUUGUUUUCAGGGACCAAAUUCUGUUCUCCUGUAAAGUCCAAAGACAGAAUCAAUGUUUGUAUCUACUUUUCAAUUCUUCAUUCUAUCUUCUUUUUAUCCCCAAAUGUAAAAACAAGCUUUGAUUUUGACACCGUUUUAAUUCCUCCUCCACUAAACAAAGGAUUGUGGGUCUCGGACAUUCCAGUGUAGAUACUUGAGGGAGCUGUAGGGGCGACACGGGAACUUCUAAGGUUCAUGAUGAAUCCAGCAAAUGUUUAAUCAGAGCUGAGACUCAUGUUUCAAGGUGCAGAUCGCUGCAGACAUCCGUGUGGAUUCAAAGCAUGAACGAAGCUCAGCAGCUUUUCAUGCAACGAGUUCACAUCACAACAAAGUGUAGUGAAGUGGAGUGGAGUCAUGGCUGAAUACUUCCUGCUCACACUGAGUCUCCAUUGAAUGACGGCGUCUGUCUCUGGAAAUCAUCUGUUUUAGUGGGAAUGUGUCAGCAGGUCAUUUUGAAGUGGUGCAUUUUCAGAGCCUUCGUUCCAGGUCAGUCACUUUAUUCAUGUGUCGUGGAGAAACAGAUGCAGCAGAGCUCACACAUUCUGUGCUGAUACAAACAAGUGAAGGGCAGCAGCUGUAACUGCAGGACCAGAGGAAGACGAGCCGUUCUCACACAUGAACUCCAGAGAAUGUCCACCUUAUCGGGUUUGGACUUUUGAGAUUGUCCACUCAGACGCUUUCACAUCCACACAUAAAUCUCUGUGUGGAAGCGUUGAGGUGAGGGUGGAGCAGCAGGCAGAGGCAGGACAUUAAAUAUCAAUUCCAUCACAUGUGAAGUUUACAGCACUACACCACUUUCCUAACCUCAUUUUUCUUUUUUAGUUUUGCGUCUAUCGCAUGUUAGAAACAUCAACACACACCAGCUUAUUGAAGUGUGUGUUGAUCAGCAGGUCUCUGGAGGUGAUGGGAUAUGACGUGUUCACUAAACACUGCAGUAAAUCAACAAUCAACAUUCAACAAAGAUAAACCAGCUUCAAUCUUUCUCCAGCAUGUGCAUGACGUCUGGGUGCUGCGCUGCACCCUGGUGGUGGAGUUCAGAAGUUUUUACUCCCAUCAACACAAUGUUAUUGGAUUUUUCUAAAUCGAUUCACAGUUUUUAGAAUAUACCGUCUUUGAGUUUUUUCUGCAGUAGCUGUUCCUUUGUAAUGUUGCCUCCUUUUUCAUUCAGUCCAUAAGACUCCCUCUUCACUUUUUAUCUGGUUGAAUCUUUAAAUCACAAUUUGGUUCCUGAGCAGAAAACAGGAUUCUCUGGCAGCAGCACUCUGAAGGAAUCACACUUCAAAUAGAUGUUUUCCAAAGUGCUGUACAUUCGCUGGUCUUCACUUGUGUCCACAGUGAUGAUUCAGUUGUUGCAUUUCAGCUUUUUACCUGCUGCGGUUUCUCUACAUAGAAAGGUGUCGACCCUCUUGCAUGCUGACUGUGUCUUGUGUACAGUGACAUCUACCCUGACAGACUGGUGGGGACUAACUUACCGUUUUAAUACCAAAUGUGUGACUGUGAGUGUGUAGAUGUGGAGCCUAGCCUCCAUUCACAGUGGCCCUGGACUCUGAUGUUUCAUGUUAAUGUUAUUUAUUGAACUAGGUGAAGGAGAGAGGGAUGUUUCCCGCUGACGUAGACGCAGUGUGUGUCUGUCAGCUAGGUAACACUACAGCCUUAUAGAGCCACCGACGUGACAUAUUUUGUAAAGCUGUGGGUUUAUUUGUUGUACGGGAUUCUUAGAUAUAUCAGCUGACAGGAAAUUACAUGAAUAUAAUAUGUAUAUAUAUAUAUAAAUAUAUAUAUAAAUG